CACCACACCAUCGCCGCCGCCAUCACCGUCACACCAGUCACCGACCGACACAAACGCACACCGCGCCAGCACCGUCCUCAGUAAGAGAGAAGGUCUCUGUGAACACCAGCGACGGGGCAGGCACAGCGCACAUUUGCACUCGUGGUAAAAGCGAACAUGGUUGCCAAGAACAAGUUUAACCCGUGUAUUAUUAUAUAGUUAUAAAUUAAAUAUACCUCGCUACGCGGUGUGUUAAAUACUACGCUGGAUAUCAUUGUUGGUUGUUAUUGUUGUUGUUGUUGUUGUUAUUAUUGUUGUUAAUUCAUUUUACUUUCUUUAUUAAAUACCGUAUUUCAAUUAUUCUUCUACGCAAGUUUAAUUACACAGUCACGACCGACGGUUCGCGCGAGAUGGGGAAAAGUGAUGUUGUUCAUGUGACAAAAUAAUUGUUUCCAUUGUUUUUUUUUUCAUUUAAAUUUUUUUUCGUUUUCUUUUUUUUUUCCUGUUCUCGGUUACCUUAAAAUUUUCAUUUCGUUUUUUUUUCUUUUUUCUUCAUCUCCAACAACACCUUACACAAACGGUGUACACCGUCAUUGACUUACCGAAAAUUAUUUAUAUAAGAUAAUACCGUGCGGAUUUCGCUAUUACUUCUCGGGUGCUCACUUCGAGUUGUUCGGGGUUUGGAUUAUGUAGAGGAUUCACCGUUCUAUAUAUACAAAAUUCGUAUAUAUACGUAUACAUAUUCGUGUCGGUGUUUUUCUCUCCGUGCGUGUACGUAUAUAUUGUGUACAUAUACGUUACCACGUACACUCAUUGUAUGUGUGUAUGGACGUUGGAGGGUAUGAGCUCUGCUGCUGGUGCUGAACAUGUACAGAGGAAAGAAGGUGGUGUUGUACUCGUUCUAUAACUAUAGUUUGUGUAAGACGUUAGUGGUGGUGUUCGUGUUGGUUGUAGUGCUGCUGGUGCGGAACACGGUCUCGCAGAUCUUGUAGGCGUUGUGACGAGGUUAUCUUGUCCAGUUACCUCGGCAGAAGAAAACUUCUUGAGAUCCCCCUCGUCGUUUUCGAACAACAAGAUACAUCGCCGCGGUACCAAGAAGUUUGAGGUAUUACACGUAUACAUACCUCAUAGAGUUGCACAUUGCCAGCUCUUGAGAAGGACGCGCUUUUUCUUCCACGGUAGAACGAGAAAAAAUAUUUAAAAAAAAAAAAAAAGAAAAGAAAAACACGAAGUAAAUAUAUAUAUAUAUAUAUGUAUAUAUAUAUAUAUAUAUAUAUAUAUAAGGAAAAAAAAACAGAAAGGCAGAGAGUAUACAUCUACCGAGCGCUUACGUUUCUCCGAGUAAUAAGAAGCAAAGGAACAAAGAAAGAAGCGGUGAGAUAAAAAAAAAAAAAAUAUCGGAAAAAACGAAAAAGUAGGAGAAAAAAAAAUCACACACGCGCACGCAAAACCUGUAUGCACGAGGAAACUACAUUCACACAAGCUCACACGUUGACCAUCUACGAGUUCGCCGCAGCGUUAUUGUGUGCAUACAGUUCGUGAUAAGAAAGGUUUAUAACAACGUUUAUGGCUGGUAUGCGUCUGCCUGUGUGUGCGUACGGAAAGUUUGUUGCGCGCAAAAAUAGGAGUUUAUAUACUUAGGAAGGGAGACAGGGAUUAAUAAAUGUUAAACGGUAUUACAUAUACAACAAUAAACUGUGUCAGUUUUUAAAGGAGGUUGGAAGUUAAUUUCCAUUAAAACGUAACUUGUACGAUUAAUGUAAUAGGUAAUAUUGAUAAAUAAGUGGUGGAAUAUAAAUCGGUGUUUGGUGGAUGUCAAGAGUACCAUAUAUCGAAGAAUCGAUAAUAAACGGGUAAAUUGUAACGAAAGAAAAAAUAAAAGAUAUAACGUAAAAAAAAAAAAAAUAAGUGAAGCGGUGUCGGGAGAUCUGUUCAAUCAUGAAUAUAAUAAAACUCUAGCCUUUUGGGGCGAUAAAUCCAAAACCCUGGAACAAAUACCCCCGUAUAGGAAUAAAUUAGAGGGGUAUUGAUGUGGUCUCUUUUCCAAUUAACAAGUGACCGCCAGUGAGUGGUCGAAGACCACGAAUAAGUGGUAUAGAUAAAGGAGAGGAGAAGAUAUAGAGUGAUAAAGAAGGGAAGGAAAAAUGCAGGUUGCAACACUCUUCCGGGAAAGUGCUACCCUUUUGGGAGCAUCGAGUUUAGAUCCACCCCAACAGACUCAUCACCAACCCAUGCAACAACAGCACCAACAUCAGCAGGUCCAACAGCAACAGCAGCAACAACAACAACAACAACAACAACAACAACAACAACAACAACAGCAGCAGCAGCAGCAACACCAGCAUGCCGACUUACACCUUGGACAUAAUCAUCACAUGCAGCACCAUUACAAAAUGUCAUAUCCUUCUCCGGUUCAAAAUGGAGUUCCCAAUGGCCAGACGAUGAAUUGCUCAAGCACACAAGGUGGAAUUAUGGUGAAGCAGGAAGCCAGGGACGAUGGCUACGAAACAAGCCCGGAUCUCGAACUCAGGAGUACGGGUGGCGACAGUAGUCAACAAUAUCAUACACCCCUAACACCUCACACACCACACACACCUCACACACCUCACACACCGCUCACACCGAUGUCUGCGACAUCUCAACAGCCAGGUAGCAACACAACGAAUCUCAAUCAGGUCACAAUCAAGUGCGAAACACCUGUCGAUCCUUACUCAUUUGUCGAUGAGGAAAUGUCGAUGGGAGGCGGUAUGAGGGCGGCGAGUAGUCCAGGUAGCAAUCAGGAAAGUAUGACGUGUCCUGGAGGAGCUCAAUCUAGAACACCUUCGACGCCUCCUGUUCACCUGCAGAACCAUUCGCCUGGCAAUAUCACGAGUCAGCUUCAGAUGAGCCUCGCCAUGAAUGGGACGAAUCCUCAGUUACCGCACCAACCCAAGAAACGAGGCAGAAAGAAGAAGUCUGAGAUGAUACUGACGCCGGAGGAAGCCGAACUGGCAGAGGCCAAGAAACGGGCGAAGACUUACAAGGAGCGAAAAAAGCACGACAGAUUUGAUGGGAUGCCGGAAGAGGAAGUUAGUAAACGAGUGCUGCCGGAUCACCUGACGAGUAAUCUCGACAUUAUUAUAAUUGGCAUCAAUCCAGGAUUGUUUGCCGCUUACAAAGGGCAUCAUUACGCGGGACCUGGAAAUCAUUUCUGGAAAUGUCUUCAUCUGAGCGGAUUAACGCCCGAACCUCUUACAGCCGAUGACGAUUAUAAAUUGUUACGGCUUGGAAUAGGAUUUACGAAUAUGGUGGCACGCGCGACCAAAGGAAGCGCCGAUCUCACGCGGAAGGAAAUAAAGGAAGGAAGUCACGUGUUACUCGAAAAAUUACAAAAGUAUAAGCCCAAAAUAGCCGUAUUCAACGGUAAAUUGAUCUACGAAGUAUUUUCUGGCAAAAAAGAAUUCGGAUUUGGCAGGCAACCAACUCUCGUCGAUGGAACUAAUACGCACAUGUGGGUCAUGCCGUCGAGUAGUGCGAGGUGUGCACAGCUGCCACGAGCGGCGGACAAAGUUCCAUACUACGCGGCAUUGAAGAAGUUCCGUGAUUAUUUGAAUGGUGCAAUAAGCCACCUUGAAGAAUCGGACAUAGUUUUCGCUGAUUCGAAACUGAAGAAAAAGGAGGUGGAGCCAGUGGAGGACAGGAAGCCGAUAUUCGAUAACGAAUUUACACCGGACAGCGAAAACCAGAUAACAGAUUUGAGCAGCACGGUGCAGAUAAAGCAAGAACCGGGCACAGGUGUGAUACCGGGUAAAAAAAAGCGGGGAAGACCAAAGAAGAUAAAGAGUAUCGAAGAACAGCCCGCGCCAGACCCAGAGAAGCUUGAUGCUAACGGUGAAGUGAUAAAGAAACGGCGUGGUAGGCCGAAGAAAAUACAUCAGCAACAGAAGCAGCAACAGCAGCAGCAACAACAACAACAACAACAACAACAACAGCAACAACAGCAAAUGGAAAGCGACAGCAGGGAACGAGAGACCCAGCAGCAACACCAUCAUCAGCAUCAACAGCAGCAGCAACAGCAACAGCAACAACAACAACAACAUCAAACUCUCAGCAAUCAUCAUAACGACAACUAUUCGAAUUCCGUGCCAAACUGUUUUUCACCACCGAUAAUGUCACCGCCAAACAGUUUUCCCCAUAUGGCGCCGUACCCGUCGAUGGGGGAUUCGGGAUUCUUCGGUCAGAGUAUGAACGACAGUCCGUACAACAUAAGUGCAAAGCAGAGCCCUGUCCACAUGCAUCAUUACAGCCAGAGUCCAAAGUCUAUGUCGCUAUCGUUCACCCACUCCGAUUUGUCCUCGGAGAUAAACACGGCGAUAUCGUCGGAGAACAACCUUGAGCCGUCCCCCCUGACAUCGCCGAGCGUCGAACACCCGGACUUUGAACCCCCGACCAGCAUCGCCCAGCAAAAUAUAGCCGGCGAUCACAGAUCGUACAACCCGGGCAGCGGCGACAACAACGGUCACCACAGCAAUCCCGGAACCCCGUCACACUCGAGCUACAACAGCUACAUGGGGUACCACGACCGGCGGCCGGAGUCUCAUAAUACCCACCCCCACCAGACGACGCCGACGCCGUUGAGCCAGCAGGGUUUCGGCAACGACGAGCACUCUCACCACUCUCACCAGACGCCCCCUCACACGCAUCCGCACACACCUACGCACCCGGCAAUGUCCCCGCACUCCCAUGAGCAGUACAAUACGGUGAAGAGGAGCAACACGGGUGGCACUGGGGGCCAGGACGUCUCGUCGAAGAGCCUCAGCGAUUUGGAGUCACUGGUUGACCAGAUACCGAGCAUAGCGGACAGCGGUAACCAGCGUCACCCUUCACAGAGCAUUAUGAGCGACGAGUCUCUCGCGGAGAAGAUGGAUACCCAUCACCAGGCCUCGUAUCUACCAAGUUUCACGCCAUCCAGCAUGUCGAAUUACAGUCCGCCUCCCGCCCCGCCUCACGCCGGACUUUAUCCCGGUUCUCUCCAUCAUUCGCCGGCAGACAACUACGGCUCGUUGUACGGAAUGAACAAUCGGCAUCACCCGGAGACCCAGCAGCACAGCAAGUCUUAUACCGUGGAAAAUUUGACUUCGAACAGUUACAGCUCGAGCAUGAACCACCCCCAUCCGGGUAAUUCGUAUCCCAACAUCAUACCCGGACCCCAUUAUCCUGUCCCGAUGGGUUCCACGAACGGAUAUCUUUUCGGUGGACUCGAUCCCAGCCUGAUGCAACGCACUUACGGCAUGGGCGGCAUGGGUGGGAUGGGCGGCAUGCAUCCCUCUCUAGGACCCAUGGCUAAUCCCUAUCCCUAUAACGGGUCGUACACCAGCUCCUUUGACGCUUACCCACCUUCCCACGCCGGGAUUCACGCGCCUAGUGCCAACUAUCCAGGGUAUCCUGGGGGCGGUGGACCCGGUCCCGGGAGCUCCGCGACUUCCUACCUUUCGUCACAUCACAGGCCACCCGUCGACCUCGCCUACGACGCUGUAUGAUAAUCAAAGUAAUCGAUAUAAUAUUACUCGCUUUUUUCUAUUUUUACAUUACAUUAUAUUAUAUUAUUAUUAUUAUUUUUAUUAUUACUGUCCGAUCUGAAUUUUUUCGCCUUUAUAUCUCGUAGCCUCGAUGAGUGAUAUGAAAAAUUAUUUAUCGGUAUUUGAUUUUUAUUUAUUUUCUCUCAGAUAAGGAGGUUAUUUAUUAUUGUUAUUUUAUUUGAUUAUUUAUUUAUGACGAAGAAAAAAUGUUGAUCAUAUAAAGUUUGUCCAAUUUUAGUUUUAAUAGACUUUCGCGAAAUCGGCGCUAACGUACGAUUUUGGAAGAAAAGAAAAAAAAUCGAAACUUUCUCUUUUUCUCUCUCUGUAUAAAUAAUAUUACAAACUGCAGUAUUUUUUUAGUUACAUAUCAACAGUAAACCUGAUACUUAUUAUUCGGUAUAGAUAGAAGUACACAAAUACAAUGUAUAAAGAGUGAAUUAUAUUUGGGGUAGAUUUUUGAAAGUGAAAAACGUUAUCAAAUCGUGAAGAAUACCUGAAAGGUAAAUUCAUAUGCUGAUAUAGAUUAAAAAUGGUAGCCGUUGAUAUGUUUGUAGUUUCAUUUUGGGGCUAAAAUAAUCUUCAAUACUCGCCAAUUAUCGCAUGUUAUAGCACGCGAAACGAAAUCAAAGCAACAUAUGUUUAGUUACGGUUAUAUUCUUGAUAAAAUUGUAUGGACUUACAAUCCAACUUGCAAAAUUCACUCGUCAGAACACGUACUGCCUGCCUAUGGUUUACUCAUUGUAAUGUUGAUAAUAAUCAAUUAUAACUUACAUCCGGAAAAACACUUUGAACGGUGUUGAAAAAAAAAAAACACAUGAGACAGGUGAAAGAUAUUCAAUGGGAACAGAAUUGAAUUACUUCUCUAUCCUUAUCUCCGAGAUCCGUGGACGAUGUCGCCGUUUUCGUUUUAUUUUAUCUAAGAUUAAAAUUUCAAAAUCACAUUUUUCGCAACAUCGACGCUACAAGUUUAAGACGAACGAAUAAAAGGUUGCUCGCAAAGUCUGUGGCCAAGAAUGUGUCGUAGAUAUAUCGGUAAUAAUCACGCGUUGUUACGGACUCAAAGCAAUCAGCUCUGUAGGUAAAAUUUUGAUUUUCACUUAUUUGAAGAUAAGUAAGUAUAAAUAGGUAAUUAUAUAGGGAAGACCAGGGCGCAUGGUUGUAACAUCAAGGGGCAAAGUGCAAUUUUCCAAUUCCCUUUUCUUUCCAAUAUUUGGGUAAAGUGAAAUCGAAUUGAUAUAAACUGUAUACAAUAUUAUUUUAGAAUAACUCACAUAAUAUUAUCAUCCACUUUGCCCUGGUCUAUAUCCUAUAUGCGCUCUAACAACUGUGAGUUAUACUAGUUAUGUACUUUAUUUUCUUCUUAACGAAAUUCUAUAUAAUUAUAUUAUCAACAUCUAAUAAUAGACGUAUGUGUACAUGGCUAAACUAACAAUAGUCAAAAUUAUUAUAUGUAUGUUACCUACCUAUCCACUACGUAGUGCGGUGAAAAUCACGACUAUUUCCUGGCUAUAACUUUUACGCGUAUACUUAUAACUCAAAUCUAAACUAAAUCCUCGAAGUGUUACCCUGACCCUCGGCUUUCAACGGGACACUUAUGGUGCCAUUUGAAUAAAAAACAAAAAAAAAAAACUGCGAUAAGGCGAAAAACAUCGUAUGCUACUGUAUAAAUGCACAGGUUUUUAUCCUAU